AUGAGAGUCGAAGAGCUUGGGGGCGGGGGUAAUGUGAAUGAAAAAGCCGGGCUGAUCUUAGAGGUCCGAAACCUUGUAUUCCAGUAUAAAGUCUUAACCUACAUUUUCUUGCAGAUUGACAUCCCAGAGGAAGUGAAUCAUAGUCCCUUGACUACAGAAUUCUUUGAACAGCCUUCUGGGAUCCUAAAUCCUUGCUCUGAUGAGUGGCAAUGGGUCCCACUAGUCCCACCCCUCACUCAGCUCCUCCUGCCUACUCCACACUGGUCCUACAUCUGCAAUCACUGCAGGACCCAUACACAGGCAAAACCCUACAAGUGCACUGAAUGUGUCAAGAGCUUUAGUCUAAGCUCUACUCUGAUCCAGCACCAGAUCACUCACAUUGGUGAAAGGCCUUAUGAGUGUCCUAAAUGUGGGAAAUCAUUCAACCUGAGCUCUACCCUUCUCCAUCAUCAGUGCAUUCGUAAACCUGAGAAAUCCUCCAAGCCAGGGGAAUCACAGCAACUUCCUCAAGGGUCUGAGAGGUGUAGGGUUGAGGAUGGUCCAUCAGUUCCUAAAAGACCCAAUCACUCCCUGUCUCCAAGGGGGAACCCACAUCCCAAUAGCCCACAUAAAGAAACACAUCCUCUGGGGAAAUCCCAUUUAGAUUCCUCCAUGUACCCCAAUGAGGUAGAGCUGCUAGCAAAAUACUACAAUGGCUCCAAGUGCUUGGAGAAGCCUUACAAGUUCUCUGAGGGUUUGGAACACUCUAUGAGGAGCCCAGGGAAACCCUACUCCUGUGGGAGCUUCAGGACAGCUGCUCGCCUGAUCCUGCGCCAGCAGAGCCACCUGGCUAUCUGGCCCUACGAGUGUAUGACCUGUGGGAGGAGGUUUAUGCGAGCUCCCAUGUGGUGCAGUACCAUUGAAGCCACAUGGAAUGAAGGACAAGCAACCACAACAAAGAGAGAGUCCACACGAGUAAGACGCCAUACUGCUGCCCCCCAGUGUUACAAGGCCUUCAGUCAGGGCUCAGCCCUGGUUCACCACCAGUGCAUCCGGAGAGGGGAGAAACCCUAUCACUGUUCUGUCUAUGGGACCGCCUUUCAAUUCUUACUGCAAUUCACUCAAUGCAAGAAGGUCCACCUUUAUGAGGUAGUCCACUGCUAUGGGGCUCUCAUCGAUCUUCUUGGGGUCCUUUCUCCUUGUGAAGAGGCACUUUUUAAGGGGCCUGGGAAAUUAUCUUAG